CGGUAUGGCAAGUUUUACUUUCUCCUUAACACAAGCACACGCGUGGACACCAUCUGUCUUGCUAUCUUUCUGCUCCCUGACACACAAAAGACAUUACUGACUGAACUCAGUCUCUCUGUCCUACCUGACUCAAACUUUAGAGGUUAGAGGGGAAUCCAAUGCUGCUGGGUUUCCUGAAACAGUCACAGAAACAAUCCUGGAUCAUGUAGAGACAUGCCGUACCCUGUCCCUGGAAUCUGUAUUAAAGCAUGAAUCCAACCCUUUAAUUUGGAAGUAUACUCAGUCACUCAGUACAAGUCCAUUUAUCUACUUCCAAGCAAACCAGUGCAGAUUUUUUUUCCCCCAAGGAUGUCAACUGACACUCUCCAGCCAUCUUCACGGAGAAUAAUAAGGCUGGCUGGAACUCCUGCCAUUCCAAGUCACAACGCAGAGUCCAGGGAUACACAUUCUCCAGGGAUACGCAAACCAAGUGCAGUGGAACGUUUAGAAGCAGACAAGGCUAAGUAUGUCAAGAGCCAACAGGUGGUUUUGAAGAAGCAGCAGCCAGUAAUUUGUCCUUCCAAAAACAGCCCGAAUGGACAAGAUACUCAACAGCCCUCAAGGAAGAUCCCUGCAAGAUCCACAAAGUCUGAGAUACCACCCCUUAACCUGGAACAUCUUUGCAAACUGAUUGAUGGAGUCAGCGAUGCCACCGUUCCAGAUGUUUCAGCACAACCCAACAGCAUUGAGAAAGAUGUUAAAGAUCCAUCCAAGGCCACCUCUCCACCACUGGAGGAACCUUCUCUUGGGUCGACUUCUGCAAGUCAGGGGAAAGCUGCAAUAGAAGCCUCAGGGGCAAACGGAUGUACUAACAUGACAGUGCGGAGAGUCGAUGUCAGACCCCAGUUACCUCAGAUGAGGAUGGCUGGUAGACCACAGCUACAGAACCGCUCACCGGUGCAACAGACCAUGCCACAGGUCCCAAUGCAACUUCUGCGCUUGCUUAGACCGUACAUACAGCCAAAUCAGCAACCAGCUGACUUCAAAAGGCUCCAUAAUGUCACACAAACAAAUGGCACCAGAGGACCUGUUAAACCACCAAACUGUGCAGUGCAAACCUCGCCUCCUUUGAAAUCCUCAGCUAGCCCGCCUCCACCCCUCCCAAUAAAACCGAACACAGAACCAUUGUCAUGUCCCUCACCGACCCCACUUACUCCAAACUCCACUGAUUCCCUCCUAGCCAAAAAUGACUUCCAGUCUCCGCCAUCUCCAGCCAUCACUUGCAUCUCCUCAACAAGCUCCAGGAAGCGUCCUUCACGGACACGCUCAAAAUCGGACGUCAGCGACUGCUUUUCACGAGCAGGAGCAGAGCUUGAGCGCUUCUUUAAUUAUUGUGGCCUUGACCCAUCGGAUUUAGAGGAGUUAGCAAGACCGGGUUCUGACAUUGUGUCCGUUUCACAUCUACGUAGCGCUAGUGCCCCAGCAUCAGCUGAGGGUGAAGAUGAGGAGGAAGCAGCGGCAGCAAAAGAUGAACGCCCUGUUUAUGGUGUUUCCGUCAUUGAGAGAAAUGCUCGAGUGAUCAAGUGGCUUUAUGGAAUGCGCCAGGCAAAAGAGAGUCCCAGAGUGGCCGAUAUGUAACAGAUAACAAAUAAAGUAACAUACAGCCAAGUAUGGUGGCCCAUACUCAGGCCCAUAAUUCACGCUCUGCAUUUAACCCAUCCAAAGUGCACACACACAGGAGUAAACACACCGUGAACACACACCCAGAGCAGUGGGCAGCCAUUUAUGCUGCGGCGCCCGGGGAGCAGUUGGGGGUUUGGUGCCUUGCUCAAGGGCACCUCAGUCGUGGUAUUGCCGGCCCGAGACUCGAACCGACAACCUUAGGGUUUGAAGUCUCUAACCACUAGGCCACAACUGCCCCAAACAAUACAAUGACUAACAAAUAACCACCAUCCAGACUGAAAUGUAAUGCAAUGUGUUGUACAAAAUAUUAACAUUUCCCAUUUAGUAUUUUGUCGCUUAUCUGUAUAAAGCUGUCUAGUUGAAUCUGCUGUAGAUGUGUCAUAUAUGAUAGCUUACGCAUCGUGGUCAAUUACCUUACCACAAACACCUGUAUUUUCGAACAAUAACUACAAAUGCAUGGUUGCAUUGUUACGGUGAGCACCAAUAAACCCUUAAACACAAUACUUUUUUUUUUUUUUCAUUGCUGUCUUUUUCAACAAUGACAGGCUGUACUUGACAGGCCAAUCAAACAAGGAGUUUUGGUGGAGAUGUGCAAAAUUGAUGAAUGCAGUUAUUCGUGUCAUUCAACAAAAAAAUAAUAAUAAUAUUGCAGCUAAGCUUUAUUACUUGUUUUAAUAUCUUGUUUCUUGUGUCAUGUGAUGACAAAUAACAUGAAUAUUUCUAUUGUUUGUCAAUGUGCUAAAACUAAUUGGUUGACACAGUAGCCUCAGAUCUUUAUUAUGAGUAUUAUGACUUUGAUAUCAUUUGGUACACUGAACGUAAUGAUACACAACAAACUCGGUGUAUGAUGUGAGCAGCUUUGAUCUGUUUAGGGGUUUUUCAUCAAAAGCCAGUCCAAAAACCAGUGUUGUGUUGUACUGACAAAUGGACAGUUUUAACAAAUUGAUCUUAAAAAAAAUGAGAAUAAAAAUUAAUUUACAUUACUUCUGUUUUGUUGUAUACGAUGUAAGUUUGGAUGUAAAGAAUAUACAGUUGGGGUGGCAUCAAAACUGUUGUUUUCUCUCGCGUAAAAAUAGCAUUUAAAAAAUAUACAGUAUUUGAAGGUCACAUAAUGGUUUUUUUUUCACUUCAUCAUUUCCUGUUAUUAUGGCCAGGAAAAAUGUGGUGGAUGUAGUUACGUUUUUAGAACAUGGUAUUAACCCCUUAACCUGUAUAUUUCCAUCAAAACCAUGGAAACACUUAUCUUCUCUUGUACUCAACCCAUCUAUCUCUUAAUAGUUGACAAAAUACCCUUUUCAUAGACCAAGAGGAUGCAUUUCCACAGCAAGUUUGUAUUUGUUAUAUUUUGGAAAGUAAUGGAAAUACAAAAGUGUUUUUU